AUGGAGAAGAUACCUUGUGAUGAAAAUAACUGCUCAUAUUUAGAAUAUCUCAAUUGCCAUAUUGGUGGUAAUACUUUUGAGUUGAAGUCGACAACUUCAUCAAUGGUGUGUUCACUUUUGGACAAACUCUGUAGAUCUAAAGCAACUGGCCUAGAUAAAAUAUCUGCUAAGCUGCUUCGCUACUGUCCUGACCUACUGUCGGAAUCCCUUACC